AUGUUGGUUUAUGAGUUUGUCUCGAACGGGACCUUGUUCCAGCUGAUCCACAACAACAACAAUGUAUCUCCCUUUUCCUUGGCCACCCGCCCGAGGAUUGCUCUAGCCUACUUGCAUUCAUCAACUUCGCCUCCCAUCAUUCAUGGCGACGUGAAGUCUUCUAACAUACUUUUAGGUGAAAAUUAUGCAUCAAAAGUUUCUAAUUUUGGAGCUUCGAAGCUGGUUCCAAAAGAUGAGGAUCAGUUUGCUACCUUGGUGCAAGGGACUUGUGGUUACUUGGACCCAGAGUGCCUCCAAAGCUGCCAGUUGACAGACAAAAGUGAUGUUUAUAGCUUCGGCGUAGUGCUUCUGGAGCUGAUAACCCGCAAGAAGCCAGUUUAUUUUGAAGCAUCUGAAGAAGAGAGGAGCCUCGCAUCAUGUUUUAUUCUGGCCACAAAGGAGAACCGACUUAUGGAGAUCUUGGAUGAUCAAGUGAGAAAUGAAGAGGAUAUAGAACUGAUUCAAAGAAUUAGCGAGCUCACAGAGCAAUGCUUGAACUUUAGGGGAGAAGAAAGGCCUACUAUGAAGGAAGUGGCGGAAGAGCUUGACAGGUCAAAAGAAUUAAAGCAGCACCCGUUGGUGCCACGAAAUGCUGAGGAGAUAGAGAGCUUGCUCGGUGAACCAUCAGUGCCUGUGUAA